CCAAAAUUGUCUUCCCGGCUUUUUACAUUGAUCGGUGAAAGUCGCUCUUCUUUUCCACGGAAAACAUGCCUAAUUACGAAGACGGAGAGUCGUCAAGCAGCGAAAGCACCACCCCAGAGGAGUCUGGUGAUGAAGCCGAAGAGAAAGCCCCAACCCCAAAGGGCCCAUCUGUGCCGUUCCAGGCUGCACCUCAGGAUUAUGAAGAGAAACUGGAACGAGAUAAAGCCACAAGGUUUAACUACCUGUUGAAACGGACAGAGAUCUUUGCCCAUUUUAUGAACACCACAAGAUCCAAGAAACAACCAACAAGUCCUUUGAAAAUAAAAGCGCCACAGUUUCCAAGCAGAUCAAGGAAGUUAUCGGACUGUGGAGAUCAUCGUCAUCGUCGUACAGAGCAAGAAGAAGACGAGGAGUUGAUUAGUCAAAAUAAGCAUGCUCAGACCUCUGUUGUCCACUUUGAUCAGAACCCUCACUAUAUCAAGAAUGGAGAAAUGAGAGAUUAUCAGCUGAGGGGUCUAAAUUGGCUGAUAUCUUUGUUUGAGAAUGGAAUCAAUGGAAUUCUGGCUGAUGAAAUGGGUCUUGGCAAGACACUCCAGACAAUUUCUUUGUUGGGUUACAUGAAGCACUUUAGAGAAAUGUCAGGCCCUCAUCUUGUAAUCGUUCCAAAGUCCACAUUAGCUAACUGGAUGUCGGAGUUCAACAGAUGGUGUCCGACCAUAAGGGCUGUCUGCCUGAUAGGUACUCAGGAGCAAAGAGCAGCAUUUAUCCGCGACACCAUGCUUCCAGGAGAGUGGGACACUUGCGUUACUUCAUAUGAGAUGGUCCUAAGAGAGAAGGCUGUGUUUAAGAAGUUUGCUUGGAGAUACAUCAUCAUUGAUGAGGCACACAGGAUCAAGAAUGAGAAGUCUAAGCUCUCAGAGAUUGUAAGAGAACUCAGGUCGACAAAUCGUCUGCUGUUGACAGGAACUCCAUUGCAGAACAAUCUUCAUGAGCUGUGGUCACUGCUUAACUUUCUGCUGCCUGAUGUUUUCAGCUCAGCUGAUGAUUUUGAUGCUUGGUUCAACACCAACUCUCUUGUUGAAGAAAAACAGCUGGUGGAACGUCUUCACUCGGUUCUGAGGCCAUUCCUUCUGCGUCGUCUCAAGGCCGAUGUUGAAACAAAACUUUUGCCAAAAAAGGAGACGAAGAUUUAUGUAGGGCUUACAAAGAUGCAGAGAUUUUGGUACACCAAGAUCCUCAUGAAGGACAUUGAUGUUGUUAAUGGAGCUGGCAAAUCAGACAAGAUGCGACUCCUGAACAUUCUCAUGCAGCUUCGCAAGUGCACCAACCACCCUUACUUGUUUGAUGGCGCUGAACCAGGUCCCCCUUACACCACUGAUCAACAUCUUGUUGACAACAGUGGUAAACUGCGUGUUCUGGACAAACUGCUUGUCCGACUCCAACAAGAAGGUUCUAGAGUCCUGAUUUUCUCUCAGAUGACAAGAGUGUUGGACAUCCUGGAAGAUUACUGUCUGUGGAAAGGAUUUGAGUACUGCCGCCUGGACGGACAGACACCUCAUGAGGAGAGACAGGCAUCAAUCAAUGCUUACAACAUGCCAGGCAGUGAGAAGUUUGUGUUUAUGUUGAGUACCAGAGCAGGUGGUCUCGGAAUCAAUCUUGCCACAGCAGACAUUGUUAUUCUGUAUGACAGCGACUGGAAUCCACAAGUUGAUCUCCAAGCCAUGGAUCGGGCCCAUCGUAUUGGUCAAAAGAAACAAGUACAUGUGUUCAGGUUUAUCACAGAAAGCACAGUGGAGGAAAGGAUUGUGGAACGAGCAGAGAUGAAGCUCAGACUUGAUGCUAUUGUCAUCCAACAAGGCCGUCUUGUUGAUCCCAGCCUGAAGGUCAGCAAAGAUGAAAUGCUAAACAUGAUCCGUCACGGCGCAGAUGAAGUGUUUGCUUCAAAAGAUGAAGAAAUCACAGAUGAAGACAUUGAUGCCAUCUUGAAGAAAGGAGAGAAGAAGACUGCAGAGUUGGCUGAGAAGAUGAAGCAGUUUGGUGAGGGUUCGCUGAGAAAACUUGCCAUGGAUGCACCAACAGAGAGUAUCUUUCAUUUUGAGGGGGAAGAUUACAAAGAGAAGCGUAAGACUGGCGGCCUCCCGCGUUGGAUUGAGCCUCCCAAGAGAGAGCGUAAAGCUAACUAUGCUGUGGACGCUUACUUCAGGGAGAUGCUGAGAGUUAGCGAGCCUAAAGCACCAAAGGCUCCUCGGCCGCCGAAGCAGCCCAAUGUACAAGACUACCAAUUUUUCCCACCCAGGCUGUUUGAACUGUUGGACAAAGAAAUUUAUGCAUACAGGAAGAGCAUCGGCUACAAGGUUCCCAGGGACCCGGAGGACCCUCAAGGAGCUGAUAGGCAGAAAGAAGAACAGAGGUUGAUAGACGAGUCUGAACCGCUUAACGAGGAGGAAACUGCCGAAAAAGAGCAACUCCUACAAGAGGGCUUCACAAACUGGUCCAAGCGUGAAUUCAACCAGUUUAUCAAGGCUUGCGAGAAAUACGGUCGUGAUGACUUGGACAACAUCUGCCAGGAUGUCGAAGGCAAGACACCUGAGGAAGUACGCGCCUACUCCGCUGUCUUCUGGGAACGAAAAGACGAAAUGACAGACAUUGAGAAGAUUAUGGCGCAGAUCGAACGAGGAGAAGCCAAGAUUCAACGAAGGAUCAGCAUCAAGAAGGCACUGGAGGCUAAGAUGGCUCGUUACCGUUCUCCGUUCCAUCAGAUGAGAAUCGCGUAUGGAACAAACAAGGGAAAGAACUACACUGAAGAAGAAGAUCGCUUCUUGAUUUGCAUGCUACACAAACUUGGAUUUGACAAGGAGAACGUGUACGAAGAGCUAAGGAUGGCUUGCAGGAGUGCACCACAAUUCCGGUUUGACUGGUUUCUUAAAUCCAGGACAGCCCAGGAACUUCAACGCCGUUGUAACACGCUGAUUACAUUAAUCGAACGAGAAAUGAUGGAGCUUGAGGAGAAAGAAAAGGCAGAGAGGAAGAAGCGAGGGAAGUCUGCCGGGGGUACACCCAAGGCCCAGACGCCUAGCAAGGAUGAAAAGAAGAGAAAAGCUGAUGGAACUCCUGACGGCCGCGGUCGCAAGAAGAAGAAACAGUAGCCUGGAGAUAAAUGAACUAGCUUUAAUAAAUAAAUCAACUCGUUAUGCUUUCUCCCCAGUUUUGAAUCAUGAUUAAUCCAUCUUCCUUGUAUUAUAGCUGCAUAAGAAUCAUAUUUGUCUUUGUUUUAAGUUUAUUGGUAUCAAGUCCCCUGCUCUGGCUUAGGUUUACUUAAGUUUUAUAAUUUUCUAUCAACCAUGUCGAUCGCAGAAAUGGCAAUUUGGAAAGUACUCUGGUAUGAACCGAACCGAUUUCUCAGAAUAACUCAUGAAAAGUACUGUAGAUCCAAGUUUUUUAAUGGUAAAUUGAAUAUUAAAGAUGCCUUAUUGUGCGAA